AUGGUUAAAACAAUUGUAUCUGGUGGUCAAAAAAGUAGUCUAUCAUUUUACGGUGGUUCACUGUGUGCCUGUGUGAUUAUAAUUGCAAGUUUUAUUAUACAAACACGUAAUAGUCCACCAUUGAAUGAGUACCUAUCGAAAAAUAUAUCCUCAAAAAAACCAUAUGAAACAUUUCAAGAAUUUUACCCUUACUAUUUGAAUGAACACCAAAAAGAAACGACUCGUCAAUUGCAUUAUAUUGGUACAGCACUGUCUCUUGUUUACUUUUUGACAAAACCUAUUCUGUCAAUACCAAUGCUAGCCGGUGGUUUAGCUGCAUAUUCAAUAAUACCAUUUGCUCGUCAUUUAUCAACCGGUCUUGUUGAAGUAAUCUUAUUUCUAACAAUUUAUAUUACCGGCGGCAAACUUCUUACGAAUUCUCUAAUCAAAACCUGCGUUCCACUUCUAAUAGGCUAUGGUUUCUCUUGGAUUGGCCAUUUUGCUUUUGAACAAAAUAAACCAGCUGCAUUUAUUUAUCCAACUUAUAGUUUCUUUGGCGAUGUUCAUAUGAUGUACGAUGCUAUGAAAGGAUAUAAUUUUUCUUUUUGA